CUUCCAUCAGAGGUAACCCAAUCGUCAGUCUUCAUCAUGGAGAGGGUAAGAAAAACCUUUUUCGACCCUUUGGCAACGUCCAAGGCUCGCAUCACAGACGUCUUGCAACAACUCCCCUCUGGUUCUGCCCAUCCAUUCAGCCCCGAAGGCAUCCUAUUAUGCAAGACAGAAGCCGGAAUCGAGGAGAUUGACAUCUCCAACUACAGUCAAGAGUAUUUCUACAAUGCAGUUGAUCUGGGCGACAUGGGCGAAACUCUUCUGAGGCGGAUGUCUGGCUUCAGAGAGCAUUUGAGCGUCUUUGACGACUUUCAGAUCAUGCAAGCUCCUGCCGCCACCUUCAAGAUCCCCAUAGUGUCAGACCAAAUCACCAUCCUCGCAGUUUCAGAACGCACACCAACUUACUACGACUUUUGCUUCGCCGAUGCCGAAUGUAACGCAUGUUGCUGGCUGGCGAGAGAUACUUUCUCGGGCAUCACUCACAGUGGUGAUCUGCUCAACCACCAGGAUCUCUUGGACUACGUCAGAAUAAACAAGGAGUCACUGACAGAAAAAGAAAUCUGCGUCUUUAUCUCUGGCUAUCAGAAAACGCAGAUCACCAGGUUUCUAGGAACGGAUCCAGCAUUGAUGGUUGCGGAUCAUGUCGACAAGAUCUUGUACAUAAUCCCAGUGCCCUUGGACGCGGCAACCAUUGGAGAUGCGACCAUCUGCUGCCCUUUGGUGAUUAAGCGCGAUGAAGACUCCCUUGUCUGCUCGAUAAUCCCGACUGCGACCACGGACCGAGGGAUGAUGUGUCACAGUUCCCAGUUGAUAAGUCCCUGCUUCCCUGAGGCUAUCAAGAGAGCCAAUUUCACCGUUUCUAUCCCCGAGCCAGCUGUCGAACAAACCACGAGAGAUGAAGUAGUUCAAGAGACCGACGCGGUCUUGGACAACCAACAUGAGGCUCUGGCCAAGCGCAACGCCGUAUUGACCACCAACCCAUCAGCGCUACCCCAUUUCCUCAAGGCGUCCGACAAACAAGUCAUAAGUUUUGGCACUGGUCUUAACUUCAUUCCUUGCAACACGGACCCAAAUGCAGAGACCGAGCGGUCCGCUGUUGUCCUGCCCUGUAUCUUUGGAUCUCAGCUGCAAGGCCCAAUGCUUUUGGCUACGGGAACAGUUCCAUCAAACGUACCGUUUCAGGAUGAGAAAGCUCUUUGCACUUACUAUGAGGACCUCGAGAGCGUGGUCGUUGUUGUCGACGAUAGAAUGACUGACAAUGCACGAAACCUGGCCACGAGUCUCCGCAUGAAUGCCCUGUUCAUCGUACAGCUAGACCCCGACAAGAAGCCCGAGACUUCUGAUCAAGUGCAGUCGGUGUUGAGUUCGGCAAACAUCAACGCCGUGACGGCGCUUGCAGGGCCGCAGUCUUUGAUUCUGGUCACCAUCGCUGAGAGUUUCUACUUCUACAGAGGUCUGGCUAACCCGAAAUAUCUUGACACGUCUAAGCUAGAGUUUGGCACCAACCUCACCUCUAUCGUUGAGUCUACGAGCGUGGCCUCGUUGAUGCUGCCAAAAACAACUCGCCUGAUCAAUCUCGAGGACGACAACACUAUCGUCUUGCCAUUCUCUUCCCAAGUCGUUCGGCCCCGCGAUCUGCAACAGAUCUUUGAGCAGCUUACCAUUGCCGAAAUCAAGAACAUGCACAACGAUAUCGAAGCGGCAGUGCCCCAGCUACAGGCUCUUCUCAAUCAUAAAGAUCUGCAACAACUCUCCAAAGACUUGGUAGACCUGCUGUCUGCUAAAGUUGACAAGGUGACCUCUCCUUUGAGGCGGACGUAUAUCCAGUUCGUCUCUGGAGAGUUUGACAUUCACAACAAGGAGUCGGUCAGAAAGAAAAACGACAUGCUAGGACAGCUGAGGAAAACCACCAAGGAAACUCAAAGCGCUCUCGAGCCUGUCAUAUCGAGUCUGGCCAAUAUGAUAUCUUCUCAGACGACUUCCAAGAGGACGCAUGAUUUGAAGCGACUUGUUCGUCAAACGCAGAUCCAAAACAACGUUGAGGCUGCCAAGUCGAUGACGUUUGACACGCUGACUGGGCUGCUUGAGACGCACGCAGAAGAGAUGGGUGUUAUGUUGCUGAACAUUGAAACGGAGCCAUAUCAACAGCUACUUUGUAACCUGAAGAAUGCUGCCAUUGACGCUAGACCAUGUUGCGAACUUGACUCUCGAAUCUUACAUCUCGAUGGCUUUGACGCCGGCAUCAUCGUGCAGCAAUCUCAGAGCCAGCAUCACGGGCCGCUUAAAAGUCAAAACGGACCGUCUCAUCCCACUCUGGCCCUACCAUAUCUCAACCAGGCAAAGGGAACCGGCUCAAUGCUGGCCUGGGUGUGCUGGGAUGAGUUUGUCAAUCUCAAAAGCCCAUACAAAGUGAGAUGGAUGGAGAAGUGCAACGAGGCACACAUUGCGGCGCUGAGGAUCAUGAUGAGGGACACUCUCAGUCGCGCAGUUGCCUCGAGGGAGCACAACCUUACAUCGGGCAGUAUCGAAACUGGUCAUCUGAUGAGCUCAUUGCUCAUGGCUGCAAUGUCGAAGCUCGCGGCCAUGAGGACGACUGCCCCAGUCGUCUUGGACACGGCUGAGGACACAGUCACGAAGCUGAUGCGAGGUCUCUUUGGUAAUCUCAUGACCAUAGCUGGAUCAGGAGUGCGCCCUCUGAGCAUGGUCUGGCAGCUUUUCGGGUUGAACCCUCAGUAUGACGUUCCUGUCACUGAUGCUGACUGGGUUUGGUAUGAGAAUGUUGUUGAGUUGUAUCCCUAUACCGGGUGGCCCAUCGACCAGUUCCACAGCAAUCUCGCCAAGCUUCUCGAUAAGAUCAUUCUUCGGGUGAUUACAAAGAAUGAGAAUGUUGCUGAGACCAAAAUGAGCCGCGUCGCCGACAUGGUCCGGUACUGCAAGCUUCGAAACAUUCAGCUUGAGCACAGUCGCACCAUCAUCACUGUUUUCGAGCGAUUGCUCACCGCGGAGGGUUUGGACGUUCCAACGGUGGCAACACGGUUGGUGGAGAUGAUUCCGAGCAAACUGGAGAAGCAAACAAAGAGCUACGCCAGAAUGGUGAAAUACGUCAGCAAUCUUGCCAAGGGAUGCCAGAGACGCGCGGCAGAAGACUUGAUUUACGCCAGCAUCUACACCAAGCGCUCGGCUGCUUUCAAGGAUCUCAAGACCAAUGUUGCCAAAGCUUGCGAGGAAAGCGACUGGGCCACAGCAACGGCAGGUUGUCAAGCUAUCUUGGACAAGCACCAACAAAUUGCCGCCAUGUGGCACGUGGAGCCUGAGAAGUUGAAGGUCCAGAACCUGAAGGUGUAUCGCGAGCUCAUCGAUGAAGACUUGGGAGAGGACGUGGACCAAGAGACCAAGAACACGACGAACGAAACCAUCAGACGCAUCCUUAACGAUGCCGAGAAGCAACGUGUGCCAUGGCGCGUCGGAAACGAAGACGCUUCUGGUGACGAGAUUGAACCUCUUGACGAGUCCUUUAUUGAGGAGGUUUUGACCGGGAAAGCUCAGGAUUCACAAGAGACUGCUCAAGAAGAGAAGGAAAAGGCAGUUGUGAUUUCCAAGUCCACUGACCAAGCUGGCUUCGCCCAGUACAAGUCGUCUCUGGCUCCCAGUUUCAUCAGCACGAUGGAAAAGACUCUCUCAGCCGAGGAUGUCUGCACGAUUCUGAAGGUUCCUGUCGGCACUAUGCAAGUCUUUGUUCAUGCAUUGAACCCGGGUUUCGUAUGGGAGGACUUGGGCGGGCAGUUCAAGAUUGUGGUGCUGGAAUUGUUGAGACAGCGCUCGAAUCGGAUUGAGAGCCGCCCUGCUUGCAGAAUGUUGAUGAUGGAGUAGAUACGGGAGAUGAAACUCCAAACAAUUAUGAUAGAUGAAAGGUUUUUUAAUGACACUUUAAUUCUUUAGGCCAGCACCCAGGUUAGUGACCUUCCUCUCCCCGUAGGUAUGGUGGGUCGGGGCCUAUGCGAAGAAACACCUCCAUCACCACGGGUCCAUUCCACCUGAUAAACGUCAUGGGAAGUCUCGUGGAAUUUGGCAGUUGCACCGUAUGAAUUCUUAGCUUCCAGUUUUGCGCCUGCGUCGAUGAGCUGGCCAGCAGGUUUCUUCUUUUUAGUUGCAGGACACGAUGAGGGGCGUACGCUCCCUUUCAUCUCUCCUGUCCUUGUGAGCGCCCAUUUCUCAUAGUUGUUGAAUGACAAUUCCUUUUUCGUAGAGGACAACCGAAUGUCGCCCGUGGAUGGCAGCAUAGUGAAGUACAGUCCAGCCGCAAAUGUCAUUUCGAUU